UGGGGUGGGAUCCUUGAGGGGCCGGGAAAGCAGAACUAGGGGUGGGGCCAAGGGACACAUAGAGAGGGUUUUUGGGGGCAUGCUACCAAGUGAGGGCAUUCCUGGCCCAACCCAAGGUGGGAACCUGGGCUCCUGGCUACCUGCUGGUGCCUGCCGCACAGAGGACUUUAGGAGCUCUGGCCUCUUGCUGGAUUGGCCAGCCAUAGCAGGUGGGGCAUAGGCCUGGACUAACGCCAGGCACUGGGGCUGAAGUGCCUAGAGGUGUCCUUAGGAGGCCUCUGUGUAUCCAGCCAGGCCAGCGCACACCACCCUCUUCGGCAUCAGAACUGGCUCGAGAACUUGCUAUGAGCUUCCUACUCCGCCCCCUCCUCCUGGCCUCAUUCUUCCCACCAGGUCAGGCCUCAUGGGGUGUCUCCAGUCCUCAGGAAGUGCAGGCUGUGAAGGGGUCUUGCCUGGUCAUCCCCUGUGUCUUCAGCUUCCCUGCAGACGUGCAGGUGCCUGAUGGCAUCACGGCCAUCUGGUACUACGACUACUCAGGCAAGCGACAGGUCGUGAUCCACACGGGGGACCCCAGGCAGGUGGAGGCACGCUUCCGUGGCCGUGCCCAGCUGGUGGGCCUCCCUGAGCACAAGGUGUGCAACCUACUGCUGAAGGACCUGCGGGCUGAGGACUCCGGCUCCUACAACUUCCGCUUUGAGAUCAGUGAGGGUAACCGCUGGUCAGAUACAAAAGGCACCUUGGUCACUGUGACAGGGGAGCCCAGGGCACCCACCAUCACUGCCCCAGCAGAGCUCCUUGAGGGCACACAGGUGGACCUCAACUGCUCCACACCCUAUGCAUGCCUACCAGAGCAGAUCAGCCUGCAGUGGCAAGGCCAAGACCCUACUCGCUCUGUCACCUCCAACCUCCACAAGCUUGAGCCCACUGGCAUCAUCCAUGUGGAGACCCUUCACAUGGCCCUCUCCUGGGAGGACCACGACCGGACCCUGCACUGUCAGCUCUCAGCAGCAGACCACAAGACUCAGGGCGAGAUUCGCCUCCAAGUGCAGUAUGCCCCCAGGGGUGUGGAGAUCCUCCUCAGCCCCUCGGGGAGGAAUAUCCUCCCAGGCGAUCUGGUCACACUCACCUGCCAGGUGAACAGCAGCUACCCCAGAGUCAGUUCCGUUAAGUGGCUCAAGGACGGGGUGUAUCUCAAAGCCAAGAGUCGUGUGCUGCAAUUGUCCCAGGCAGCCUGGAGUGAUGCUGGCAUCUACACCUGCCAAGCUGAGAAUAGUGUGGGUACUUCAGUCUCACCUCCUCUCAGCCUCCACGUCUUCAUGGCUGAGGUUCAAGUGAGCCCAGCAGGCCCCAUCCUGGAGAACCAGACAGUGACACUGGUCUGCAGCACACCCAAAGAGGCACCCAGCAAUCUCAGCUACGGCUGGUACAAGAAUCAGAUCCUGCUGGCAGAUGCCCACUCCCACACCCUCCGGCUGCACUCGGCCACCAGGACCAAUACAGGCUUCUACUCCUGCGAGGUGCGGAAUGCCCAGGGCAGCGAGCGCUCAGGCCCUGUCAGCGUGGUGGUCAACCACCCACCCCUCAGCCUGGACCUGACUGCCUUCCUGGAGACACAGACUGGGCUUGUGGGCAUCCUUCACUGCUCUGUGGUCAGCGAGCCCCAAGCCACACUGGUGCUGUCCCAUGGGGACCUUAUCCUGGCCUCCACCCCUGGGGAGAAUGAUUACAGCUCACGCUUCAGGGUCUUCUCUGCUCCCAACUCCUUACGCCUAGAGAUCCAAGACCUGGAGCCAGCUGACAGUGGACAGUACAAAUGCUCAGCCACCAACCCCCUUGGAAAUGCCACCUCCACUCUGGACUUCCAUGCCAAUGUGGCCCGCCUCCUCAUCAGCCCAGCAGCAGAGGUGGAGGAGGGGCAGGCAGUGACACUGAACUGUAAGAGUGGCCUGAGCCCCAUGCCUGACACUCGCUUCUUCUGGUACCUGAAUGGAGCCCUGCUUCUUGAGGGGCCCAGCAGCAGCCUCCUGCUCCCUGCAGCCUCCAGCACCGAUGCUGGCUCAUACCACUGCCGGGCCUGGGAUGGCCACAGCACCAGUGGCCCCUCGUCACCUGCCAUCCUCACCGUACUCUACCCCCCUCGCCAGCCCACACUCACCGCCCGGCUGGACCCUGAUGCUGCUGGGCGGCGAGGCCUCCUCUUGUGCUGUGUGGACAGCGACCCCCCAGCCCAGCUGCGGCUGCUCCAUAAGGACCGGGUUCUGGCCACUUCCCUGCCAUUGGGGUGUGGCUGCAGCACCUGUGGAGGCUGUUUCCCACGCCUGAAGAUCGCUAAAGCCACCAACUUGCUGCGUGUGGAGAUUCAAGACCCACUGUUGGAGGAUGAGGGCGUGUACCUCUGUGAGGCCAGCAACACCCUGGGCAAUGCCUCUGCCUCGGCCACCUUCAAUGCCCAGGCCACAGUCCUGGUCGCCACACCAUCAGACACGCUGAGGGAGGGCACAGAGGUCAACCUGACCUGCAAUGUGACCCGAGAAGCCACCAACAGCCCCACCAACUUCUCCUGGUUCCGGAAUGGGGCACUGUGGGCCCAAGGCUCCCUGGAGACUGUGACACUGCUACCUGUGGCCAGAACCGAUGCUGCCCUCUAUGCCUGCCAAGUGCUCUCUGAGCCUGGUGCCCAGCUUUCUGCUCCCAUCAUCCUGAGUGUACUCUAUCCCCCAGACCCUCCAAAGCUGUCAGCCCUCCUAGACGUGGACCAGGGCCACAUGGUUGUGUUUGUCUGCACCGUGGACAGUCGCCCCCUGGCCCAACUGUCCCUGUUCCAUGGGGAGCGCCUCCUGGCCACCAGCCUGGGCCCCCAGCUCCCAUCUCACAGCCGGCUCCAGGCCAAGGCCAUGGCCAACUCCCUGCAGGUAGAGAUCCAGAAACUGAGCAUUGGGGACUCUGGCAACUACCACUGUGAAGCCACAAAUGUUCUUGGAACAGCCAAUACCUCACUCUUCUUCAAAGUUCGAGGAGCCUGGGUCCAGGUGUUCCCAUCACCUGAGCUCCAGGAGGGCCAGGCCGUGGUCCUGAGCUGCCAGGUACCCACAGGAGUUCCCGAGGGCACCUCAUACCGCUGGUAUCGAGAUGGCCAGCCCCUCCAGGAGUUGAACUCAGCCACGCUGCGUUUUGCAGCCAUAACUAUGGCACAAGCUGGGGCCUACCAUUGCCAAGCCCAGGCCCCAGGCUUGGCCACCACAAACCUGGCUGCCCCCAUCAGCCUCCAUGUGUCCUGUAAGGGCUUUAUCUGGUCCACGUGUAGGGAGGGAAUGCGGCAGGCUCCAGAUCCUGGGCCCUGCCUCUGUGACAGAGCCCUGGAUCAGAAACCCUGGCUGGGCCCUGACCACUCUCUGCCUUGUGCAGAUACCCCACGCCAGGCCACACUUACCACCCUGAUGGACACAGGCCCUGGGCGCCUGGGCCUCCUCCUGUGCCAUGUGGACAGUGACCCUCCAGCCCAGCUGCGGCUGAUCCAUGAGGACCACCUUGUGGCCUCCACCCUACAAAGUGUGGGAGAACUUGCAGGCAGUUCUCCCCGGCUACAGGUGUCUGUGGCCCCUAAUACUCUGCGCCUGGAGAUCCAUAAGGCAGUGCUGGAGGAUGAGGGUGUCUACACCUGUGAGGCCACCAACACCCUGGGCCAGGCCUCAGCUUCAGCCAACUUUAAUGCCGAGGCUGUGAGCGUGCUGGUGUGGCCCAGUGCCACCGUGCAGGAAGGGCAGCUAGUGAACCUGACUUGCCUUGUGUGGAGCACCCGCCUGGCCCAGCUCACCUACACAUGGUACCAGGAUGGGCAGCAGCGCCUAGGUGCCCGCUCCAUCCUCCUGCCCAAUGUCACGGUCAUGGAUGCUGCCUCCUACCACUGUGGUGUGGGGGCCCCUGGCCAGACACCCCACCUCUCCAGACCUGUCACCCUGGAUGUGCUUUACGCACCCCGUAGCUUGCGCCUGACCUACCUCCUGGAGAGCCGUGGUGGGCAGCUGGCCCUGGUACUGUGCACCGUGGACAGCCGCCCACCUGCCCGGCUGGCCCUUAGCCAUGCUGGCCGCCUCCUGGCCUCCUCAUCUACAGCCUCUGUCCUCAACACCCUGCGCCUGGAGCUGCGGGAGCCACAGCGCAGCGACGAGGGUCUCUACAGCUGCUCUGCUCACAACCCUUUGGGCCAGGCCAACACGUCAGUGGAGCUGCGGCUGGAGGGUGUGCGAGUGACCCUGGCUCCAUCAGCUACUGUGCCUGAGGGGGCUGCUAUCACGGUCACCUGUGAGGACCCCACUUCCCACCCUCCCAUCCUCUAUGCCUGGUACCACAAUGGCCGCUGGCUUCAAGAGGGGCCCACCGCCUCACUGUCAUUCCCAGCAGCCAUGCGGGCUCAUGCAGGCGCCUAUUCCUGCCAGAUUCGGGAUGCCCAGGGCACCCGCAGCUCCCGACCUGCUGCCCUGCAAGUUCUCUAUGCUCCUCGGGAUGCUGUCCUGUCUUCCUUCCAGGACUCAAGGGCCAGGCCCAUGGCCGUGGUACAGUGCACCGUGGACAGCGAGCCACCUGCUGAACUAAUCCUGUCUCAAAAUGGCAAGGUGCUGGCCACUAGCAAUGGGGUCCACAGCUCUGCAUCGGGGAUGGGCCAUGUGCAGGUGGCUCGCAACGCCCUGAAGCUGCAGGUGCAAAAUGUGCCCACUGAUGGUGAUGACACCUAUGUCUGCACAGCCCGAAAUUCACUGGGCUCAGUCAGCACCAGCAGGCAGCUACAAGUGGAAGGUGUACGUGUGGUGGCUGAGCCAGGCCUGGAUGUGCCUGAGGGCACAGCACUAAAUCUGAGCUGCAGCCUCCCUGGUAGCCCUAGGCCCAUGGGCAACUCCACCUUUGCAUGGUUCUUGAAUGGCCGGCGACUACAUGUGGAGCCUGUGCCCACUCUCACCUUCACCCAGGUGGCCCGUGCCCAAGCUGGGGUGUACCACUGCAAGGCUGAGCUCCCCACUGGGGCUGCCAUCUCUGCUCCAGUGGUGCUCCAUGUGCUCUACCCUCCAGAGACACCUACCAUGACGGUCUUUGUGGAGCCUGAGGGAGGCCUCCAGGGUAUCCUAGACUGCCGGGUUGACAGUGAGCCCCUUGCCAGCCUGACCCUCUACCUUGGCAGUCGGCUGGUGGCCUCCAACCAGCCCCAGGGUGUUCCUGCAGAGCGCCACAUCCAAGUCUCUGCCUCCCCCAAUGCCCUGAGAUUGGACAUCACAGAGCUGAGGCCUAGUGACCAGGGAGAAUACGUGUGCUCUGCCUCCAAUGUCCUGGGCUCUGCCUCGGCCUCCACCUAUUUUGGAACCACAGCCUUGUACCGCCUGCGUCUGCUGUAUCAGCUGCUCUGGGGCCUGGGACUGCUGGCUGGCCUCCUGGUCCUACUGCUGGGCCUGGGGGCCUGCUACACCUGGAGAAGGAGACGUUUUCACAAGCCAGUCAUGGGCGAGAAUUCAGUGGAGAUGGCUUCUCAGAAAGAGACCACACAGCUCACUGAUCCUGCUGCAGCCACCUGUGAGACCUCGUCCUGUGCGUUGCCCCUAAGUUGACCUCAGGAAGAGGAGGUCGCCACAUCUGUGAUGACCCAGCCCGCAGAACAUGAGCAAGGCAGCUCUGAGUCCUGCCUGCCUCUGGAAAAAUAGCUCUGUGACAUCUGACUUUUUAUGAUUGGCCCCAAGCCUCUUGCCCCCAAGGAAAAUGGGUGAGAGUGGGGAUACACUCCUAUCCAGGAGGAUGUUGACUUUGGGGGACUCUGAAGAGAAGCAAGUCAGGGGUGUCGUCCACUUCUCUCACUUUUUCCUGCCUCUCCUCCUCUCCAAAGGAGGCCCUGCCCCUUCACCUCUCUCCCCCCUAAGCUCACCCUGAACUUUCUGGAUGGAUUCAAAUAGAAGAGGAGUAUUCUAUGUCCUCAGGCCUGCCGAGGCCCCCAUAUUAGGCUAAAUAUAAGUCAGGCUGCUCUAAUAAGAAACCAAAUAUGUGAUAGAAUUUUAUUUUUCCCCUCUCCCAUACCAGUCUGGCUAUGUUAUAGUGGUUUGAGUUGUUGAAAUCCCUUUAUCUUAUUUCUCUAUCCUAAAAUGUGGCCUUCGACUGUGAGGUUCACAGCCCCACUGUUCAUUUUCACUCCAGCCAGCAGACAGAAGAGUGGAAGUAGAAAGCACUCCCAAUCCCACUGGGGACACAAUCCAGGAAUUGUACAUGUCAUUUCCAUUGGCUCGGUUUACCCUCAUGGCCACUCUGCUGCAAGGGACGCUGGGAAAUGUAGUUUUUUAUUUUGCACCCAGAGCACAUUUGGAAAUUCUAUUUCCAAAGGACUUCCAACUGUGGACUUAUGCCUGGGACUUAUGACACUGGUGUUAAUGCCACCAGCAGGCUGUGUUCCGUCUCAGUGCUUGUCUGCUGAAGACUAGGGCAUGCCCCUUGACAUUCUAGCUAUGGGCUUCCUGGAAGAGAUGUCCCUUUCACAAAGUACUACUGAGAAAACGAGGAAAAGGUGGUGGUCCCUUGGGAGAGGUGUGGCAGGCAGUGAGGCUGCCUGGACAGACAUCCCUGCACCAGAGCUGGCCCCUGGAAGAAGAGGUGCCCUCAUUCCCACUACCCCCACCUCCAGGGGGCUGAGCACUGCCUUCCCAGCUCUUCCGAGCAUGGUGAGCAGGCAAGGAUGUUGUCAGCAUCCUUGUUUCUGCUCCAGGGGCUUCCCUCUCCAUGACCGAGUGAGCUCUUAUCCUUUUCCCGGAGUCCCAUGUGCCAGGGGCUGCUGAAGAGGGCGAUCAUUACCAAGAAGGAAUAAAGAGCUCUCAAGAAAUUGGGGACUGAGAGGAUCCGUUCUUGAGCAGGCUGGUCACCCGCUUGUAGCAUGGUGGCCGAUGGUGGGAGGAUUAGAGAGCCCACGACUGUAGGGUUUGUGGUGAGAAACAGAGUAGUGGGGAGUUGGCAUAGGAGCCAACAGACUAGGAAGAAACUAGAGGCCAGAUGAGCUUUGCGUGCCCCCUCACUUGUCUCAGGCCCCCUUCUUUUCCAUGCCCAACUGACACAGUCCUCCUGGGAGCCUGUGCAGCAUACUCUUCCCCCAAAACUUCCUUUCUAUGACACAACAGGUUUGAGUCUCUUUCUUGUGACCCAAACUGCUGGACCAGAGCACAGUGGAUUCAAACAUUACUGAGGUUUAUUCUCAGAGACCAUCUGCAGGAGGUGGCCAGGGGUGCAAUUACAUGGUGUUUACCUUCUGCUAAAGUGAUUUGUGUCCCUUCUUGAGGCUUGGGUGCUGCACACCUCUGCUGCCUGCAGUGACCAGCACAGUGCUUGGCACGCAGUAGGUCAGCACUCAGUAAGCACUUUGUUCAUUCUUGGAGAGUGAAAGGGAAAGCAGGGGUUAAAUCCAGAGGUGGGUCAGGGAGAGAGCAGCCAAAUGCAGCCAGAUGUUUGGGGCUAUCUGAGCAGGACCACAGGUAGCCACAGAAAGGGGUGGCUGCUGGGGGAUUUGGGAACAUCUGCCUUGGGAGCCUUCUGUGUAUCUUCAAGGGGACACAUGUCCAUCUGGGUUUGGAGAGUUUGCAGAGGGACUAUAGUCAUGUCUACUCCAAGUGGUUGGAGGCCUCCUUAAGACUUUUUAAAUAAACUUUUAGUUGACAUGUAACACACAUAAAGAAAAGUGUAUCUUAUUAUAAGGGUAUAGUUCAAACAUAAACACCCAGGUAAACGAGCACCUAAACAUAAAUGCCCAAGUAAAACACCCAGGUAAACCAGCACAGAUCAAGAAACAGGCUGGGCACAGUGGCUCAUGCCUAUAAUCCUAGCUGUCUGGGAAGCUGAUGCAGGUAGAUUGCUGGAGCUCAGAUUGGGACCAGCCUGAGCAAGAGACUCUGUCUCUACUAGAAAUAGAAAAACUAGCUGGGUGUUGUGGCAGGGUCCUAUAGUCCCAGCUACUGGGAGGCUGAGGCAAGAGGAUAGCUUGAGCCCAGGAGUUUGAGGUUGUUGUGAACUAUGACACCAGUACACUCUACCCAGAUUGACAGAGUGACACUGUCAAGAAAAAAAAAAAAGAAAAGAAAGAAAGAAGGAAGAAAGGAAGGAAGAAAGAAAGAAAGAGACCAUUACUAGCACCCCAGAGUUCCCCUCCCACCUCCUACUCACAACCCCCAAGCAUAACCACUGUCUUGACUUCUAACAUCAUAGAUUUGGUUUGCCUAUUUU